CUGCCUUUUGUUAAUAGGAGAAAUUUUGGCCAGCUAUCGGAAGUAAUGAUGUACGAUCUUCUUGAUAGCAGUAGCAGUUCAAGUUCGAGUGACAGUGAAGAUGAAUUGGAUGUGCUUUUAUUGGAGUUGGCUACUACUCCGAGCCGAGAACUUGGACCCCACGUUAGUUUAGAUGACAUAAGUGAAAUCGACUGUAAACUAUUAUUCAGGUAUAUCAACAGAGACAGAGUUGUGCUUGAAAUGUUCGUGUUCUGCAAAUUGUUUCAAUCACUCUUACGUGUUUUCUUUUUGUUUAUAUCUUGUACGACUUGUCAACUUGUACCGUUCACAGAUUUGAAAAGGUCGAUAUUCCACGCCUCAAGAGUGCUCUACAAUCACCAGGAUAUUACAUUUGUCGGAAUGGCACGUGUGCCACAGCCAUGGAGGCGUUACUGAUAUUGCUGCGCAGAUUAGCCUAUCCAAAUCGUUGGUGUGAACUCGUUUCUCUUUUUGGAAGAGCCGAACCAGAAUUGAGCAUCAUUUUUAAUACGGUAGGUGGCCAACAUAAAAAAUGAGGUUUUGAAAAAAAUAUAUAUAUAUAUAUUAUAAAAUAGUUUUAUACUGAUAGGUGAUGAUGAUCAAAUACAGGGUUCCCACAGUCCUUGAAAAUCCUGGAAAGGAAUAAGCCCUGGAAAGUCCUGAAAAAUCAUUGGCUGGGGUCUUUGAAAAUCCUGGAAGGGGAAAAAUAUACUGCAAGUUUUAUUUGGAACAGAAGGUCCUUGAAUUUGCUAGAAAAUCUGGGAAGUCCUGGAAAAGUCAUUGAAUUUCACAUUAAGUUAAGAGUGGGGACCCUGGCGAUAAAUUUUAUUCCCCAAAAAAUUCAUGGUCUUUCUAGGAAAGUGCACACUCCAAGUCAAAGAUUCCUUGUGCAACAGAGAAGGAAGCUGUUAGUGAGGCUGCACAAACAGCAUCAAGCAUUUUUGCCAUAUUCCUUUGAAGAUAGCAAGGGGGAGGGGGGUUGGUAUAGAAAGAAGAAACCAUUUUAUUGGAAAGGAGGGGGGCGGGCUAUAAAAGAGGUCGCCAGUCUCUAUAGGUCAUGGUGGAUCCCUGAGGAGUACAGUUGUUUUGACCAGAUCCCCUAAAUGCUUUCAAAUCAUAGAUAAUGGAUGACAUCCACAAUCGAUACAGCCAUUUACUGGAUUCCCUGGAUCUCAUAUGGCUUGACACUGGACUGUUUUCAGAAGUUAUACAUGCCAAAGGGGCUCCUCUACAACAGUGCUGGGGUUUCAUAGAUGGAACAGCACGACCAAUAGCAAGACCUAUCCAUAGUCAAAGGAUUAUGUUUAGUGGCCACAAAAGAACACAUUGCAUAAAGUUUCAGGUAAAAUAAGUUACAUGUUGCUGAUGAUGAAGAAAUUCCAUUACUAAGCAAUUGUUUUCCUUGUAUAUACUUAAGCAGCUGAAAUAUGACAGCCAAAGCUUGAUUUUGGCAUAGAUGAGAGAAUGUUUUCCAAUUUGGCAGCUAUCAUUUGCCAAGACUUUUUUAAACUCAAGAUGCAAAAAUAAAGAAAAUCAACAUGGCAGGUAAACUGUGUCCCCUUAAAAAUGUAUACUUGAUAACAGUAUGCAAAUAAAGGUUAUUGUUGGACACUAUACACAAACGACUUUGAAACACUUGCCAUAAUGCUCAAGAAAACAGUGGACAGUAUCAAAGUUUUCAUCAAGUUUUUGACAACAAUUUGUCUUCUUGCAGUCAAUUCAAGCACCCAAUGGACUGAUAGCUCACAUGUUUGGACCAAUUGAGGGACGGAGGCAUGAUGCUUUCAUGCUUGGUGUGAGUGACCUGUUGCCCAAACUGCAAGGUUUUGUUCAACCUAAUGGGCGGCCCUAUGUCAUCUACGGAGAUCCAGCCUACCCCAUUACAUGCAACAUCUUGGCUCCUUUUCGAGGAGUCAAUCUAACCAUUCAUGAACAAGAAUUCAACAGAAAGAUGAGCAAAGUCAGAGUGAAUGUGGAAUGGGGCUUUGGAAAGAUCAGCCAGAAUUUUGCUUACUUGGAUUUUAAAAAAAAUUUGAAAGUUCUACUCCAGCCAGUAGGAAAAUAUUACCUAGUCGCUACCAUUCUGAUCAAUUGUCAUACUUGCCUGUAUGGAUCUCAAACAAGCUCAUUUUUUGAGCUGGAACCGCCAACACUUGAAACAUACUUGUCCAAUCAAUGA